CGAGCCGAUUGGCUGGGCGUUGGAAUGCCCGCCAGGGCAAGGGUAGGGAGGAGGCGGCCGAAUCGCGUCGCUGGGCCCAACGGUGCGCGAGCGCUGCCAGCGCGGGGACCACAACCCGAGUCGCGGCCGCCGCAGCCAUGCGCUGGGUCUGGGCGCUGCUGAAGAAUGCGUCCCUGGCAGGGGCGCCCAAGUACAUAGAGCACUUCAGCAAGUUCUCCCCGUCCCCGCUGUCCAUGAAGCAGUUUCUGGACUUCGGAUCCAGCAAUGCCUGUGAGAAAACCUCCUUCACCUUCCUCAGGCAGGAGCUGCCUGUGCGCCUGGCCAACAUCAUGAAAGAGAUCAACCUGCUUCCUGACCGGGUGCUGAGCACACCCUCUGUGCAGCUGGUGCAGAGCUGGUAUGUCCAGAGCCUCCUGGACAUCAUGGAGUUCCUGGACAAGGAUCCCGAGGACCAUCGCACCCUGAGCCAGUUCACUGACGCCCUGGUCACCAUCCGGAACCGGCACAACGACGUGGUGCCCACCAUGGCACAAGGCGUGCUUGAGUACAAGGACACCUAUGGCGAUGACCCCGUCUCCAACCAGAACAUCCAGUACUUCCUGGACCGCUUCUACCUCAGCCGCAUCUCCAUCCGCAUGCUCAUCAACCAGCACACCCUCAUCUUUGAUGGCAGCACCAACCCAGCCCAUCCCAAACACAUCGGCAGCAUCGACCCCAACUGCAACGUCUCUGAGGUGGUCAAAGAUGCCUAUGACAUGGCUAAGCUCCUGUGUGACAAAUAUUACAUGGCCUCACCUGACCUGGAGAUCCAGGAGAUCAAUGCAGCCAACUCCAAACAGCCGAUUCACAUGGUCUACGUUCCCUCCCACCUCUACCACAUGCUCUUUGAGCUCUUCAAGAAUGCCAUGCGGGCGACUGUGGAAAGCCAUGAGUCCAGCCUCAUUCUCCCACCCAUCAAGGUCAUGGUGGCCUUGGGCGAGGAAGAUCUGUCCAUCAAGAUGAGUGACCGAGGUGGGGGUGUUCCCUUGAGGAAGAUUGAGCGACUCUUCAGCUACAUGUACUCCACAGCACCCACCCCCCAGCCCGGCACCGGGGGGACACCGCUGGCUGGCUUUGGUUACGGGCUCCCCAUUUCCCGCCUCUACGCCAAGUACUUCCAGGGAGACCUGCAGCUCUUCUCCAUGGAAGGCUUUGGGACCGAUGCUGUCAUCUAUCUCAAGGCCCUGUCCACGGACUCGGUGGAGCGCCUGCCUGUCUACAACAAGUCAGCCUGGCGCCACUACCAGACCAUCCAGGAGGCCGGCGACUGGUGUGUGCCCAGCACGGAGCCCAAGAACACGUCCACGUACCGCGUCAGCUAAGGGCCGCCGCGCAUCUGCACCUGAGGGGAUGGACUGCCGCCUCUGGGUCCCCCCACCGUGGUGCCCCUCACCGUCCUCCUGGGGGAGCAGGGUGUGGGUUCUCCCUGAUGACCAGGUUCUGUCUCUAUGGAAUUCACUGCGGUGAUAGGUCUGUGAUGGUCCCUAAGUGCCAGUCCGUCUCCAUGGAGACCCCUCGGUGGCCUCCCCAUCUCUGUGGGCGAUGUCUGAGGGUUGGGGAUGUCUCCACCCUGAUGGGGUGUCCCAGAGACAUUUUCCCAUGGCAGUCCUCCUCUCUGAGACCAGGGCUGUCACUUUUCUGCCAGGGGUACUGGGUUCCCCUCAGCACUCUCCACAGCACAGGCCUUCCAAGUGGAUGUCCCGUUUGCCUUAUUCCCCCAGCCCACAAAGGCACCCUGGCCUUGGCCUGUCGAAGUGUUAGGAAGAGGCUGGGUGCCCUCCAGACCUGGGGACUGAAUGGGGAAAGGAGUUACACCCGUGAGUAGGGAAUGAGGCUGGUCCUGCAGCCUCUGCCUCCACUCGGGGCUUGAAGGUCGGUGGCGGAGGGGGUGGCUCUCACAGGGCCCAACCCUAAAGUGGAGGAACCUUGUUAGAUGGAGAGCUUGCCAUCCAGCCAAGCUGCUCGAGGCCCUGCAGUGGCCUUGGCAAUGUCUGUGCCACCUCCUGAGCCCUCCCAGCAUGUCCUCACAUGCUCAUGCCCACCCACUCCUCCACAAGCCCAGUCCGUCCUGCCUGAGCUCCAGCCCCCAGCCCCCACUGUACCCAGACGUGUGCUCAGGGUGGCUUUCUCCCUAGGACCCUCUGUGUAUAUAGUUAGUUUUAUAACCCUGAAUGCCCCCACCCUUACCCUAAGCACACAGGGGUUAAAGCUAUGUGUCCCUCCCAGUGGCUGUGGCAGUGACAGUGACACCCACACCCACAGUAAAGAGGAGACUGAAUGAGACUGGCCUGGCUGCAUCCCUGGGGGAGGGGACCCACACGUGCACGUGUACACAUGCGCACUGCAGUGCCCUGUGACCACCACAUGACACACUGGGGACAUCCGGCCCAGCUCAGGACCGUGAGUAAAACCCUGGGCAAAGCCAUCUGUUUAGAACGCCGGAUGGCCCAGCACCUGGUGACAGACCUGUUGUCCCACCAUACUCAGGGCCCAGCAGAGUCCAGCCAACCCAACAACUGGAGCAGACAGAAAUUCUGGUCACUGGCACAUCAUAAGUAUUUAUUGAAAUAAAUUGAGAACUGCCUCCCCUUCA